AGGGGCGCGGUGUAAACAGAGCGGCGGCCGUGAUGUCAGCCGGUCACAUGGAGCCUCUUAUGGCUCGGGAUGGCUCUCGGCGGGCGGGCAGCUGCGGCAGCUGCUGCUGUGGCUCGGGCGGCGGCGGCGCGGCGGCGGCAGAGGGGGCUCCGGGAUCGGACCAACCGCUCUCCCUGCGCUCUCCGCACCGCGGCUUAAAUGAUGUAUUUUGUGAUCGCAGCGAUGAAAGUAUUUAUACUUUUCUUCCGAAGUUUGAGGAUUUCAUCCUUCACUCUCAAUAUUUCUCAGAAAGGAACACAUCUUCCUGUCAAAAUUAUUGGAUGACUUUGGCAACCUCAGGCCACCUAUGAACUGAAAAGUGUUCUAUGUGUUGGAGUACCCAGAAUGGAUCGCCCAAAGGUUCUCUUUAGGGAAAGUACCAGCCCAGUGCCCGAAAUGCCGGAGAGUGGAAAGUCCUGGUCUCGGCAGGGAAAUGACGGUAGUGUUCUUGGAGACAGUGUUUUCGCAUGGCUGACAUUAAUGACAGCCCGAUGCUCUGCACUCACUGAAUGUUUUCAUUCCAGAAGAGCAUCAAAACCACUGAGUCCUUUCAAGUCAUCUUCUUUUACUGCAAAACCAGAAACCAUGCCGACAACGACUUUCGCUCAAAUUGAAAUUAUUCCAUGCAAGAUCUGUGGAGACAAAUCAUCAGGAAUCCAUUAUGGUGUCAUUACAUGUGAAGGCUGCAAGGGCUUUUUCAGGAGAAGUCAGCAAAGCAAUGCCACCUACUCCUGUCCUCGUCAGAAGAACUGUUUGAUUGAUCGAACCAGUAGAAACCGCUGCCAACACUGUCGAUUACAGAAAUGCCUUGCUGUAGGGAUGUCUCGAGAUGCUGUAAAAUUUGGCCGAAUGUCGAAGAAGCAGAGAGACAGCUUGUACGCAGAAGUGCAGAAGCACCGGAUGCAGCAGCAGCAGCGAGACCACCAGCAGCAGCCCGGAGAGGCCGAGCCGCUGACUCCAACCUACAACAUCUCGGCCAACGGGCUGACGGAACUACACGACGACCUCAGCAACUACAUCGACGGGCACACCCCUGAGGGGAGCAAGGCAGACUCUGCCGUCAGCAGCUUCUACCUGGACAUACAGCCUUCCCCAGACCAGUCAGGUCUUGAUAUCAAUGGAAUCAAACCAGAACCAAUAUGUGACUACACACCAGCAUCAGGCUUCUUUCCCUACUGUUCCUUCACCAAUGGAGAGACUUCUCCAACUGUGUCCAUGGCAGAACUAGAACACCUUGCACAGAAUAUAUCUAAAUCACAUCUGGAAACUUGCCAAUACUUGAGAGAAGAGCUCCAGCAGAUAACGUGGCAGACCUUUCUGCAGGAGGAGAUUGAGAACUAUCAGAACAAGCAGCGGGAGGUGAUGUGGCAGUUGUGUGCCAUCAAAAUCACAGAAGCUAUACAGUACGUGGUGGAGUUUGCCAAACGCAUCGAUGGAUUUAUGGAACUGUGUCAAAACGAUCAAAUUGUGCUUCUCAAAGCAGGUUCUCUAGAGGUGGUGUUCAUCAGAAUGUGCCGUGCCUUUGACUCUCAGAACAACACCGUGUACUUUGAUGGGAAAUAUGCUAGCCCUGAUGUCUUCAAAUCCUUAGGUUGUGAAGACUUUAUUAGCUUUGUAUUUGAAUUUGGAAAGAGUUUAUGUUCUAUGCACCUGACGGAAGAUGAAAUUGCAUUAUUUUCUGCAUUUGUACUGAUGUCAGCAGAUCGCUCAUGGCUGCAGGAAAAGGUAAAAAUUGAAAAACUGCAACAGAAAAUUCAGCUAGCUCUUCAACACGUCCUACAGAAGAAUCACCGAGAAGACGGAAUACUAACAAAGUUAAUAUGCAAGGUGUCUACAUUAAGAGCCUUAUGUGGACGACAUACAGAAAAGCUAAUGGCAUUUAAAGCAAUAUAUCCGGACAUUGUGCGACUUCAUUUUCCUCCAUUAUACAAGGAGUUAUUCACUUCAGAAUUUGAGCCAGCAAUGCAAAUUGAUGGGUAAAUGUAUCACCUAAGCGCUUCUAGAAUGUCUGAAGUACAAACAUGAAAAACAAACAAAAAAUAUUAACUGAGACACUUUAUAUGGCCCUGCACAGACCUGGAGCGCCAACACACUGCACAUCUUUUGGUGAUCGGGGUCAGGCAAAGGAGGGGAAACAAUGAAAACAAAUAAAAGUUGAACUUGUUUUUCUCAUGCAUAUGAUUUCCAUUAUGCCUACAGAUAUGGACCCUUUUUCUGUCUCGACUUCUUGAUCAUUGACCUCUGUUUACAACAGAAGGAGGGUACUAAAGUUGGAAGAGUUCCUUUUCUUGUAGCUCACUACCCACAGACUUUCUGCAGAGUCACCAAUCUGUUAGUAACAAGAGAGGCCAGCAAUAAUCGGUGGCCGGUGUGCACAGCGGAGGUUGCAGCAUUACUUUGCACAACUUGCUCUUUGUCUCAUGAAGGAAGUUUUUAUUUUUUUUUCACCGAUUAUUGCCAGUCAGCAGGAUGGCACGUAAAGGGUCCAUAGCACUAGCAACAAUAGCAUUAUAAUAUAUUACAGGGUAAAUGGGCAUGAAGACUAUAUAUAGCUAAAAGAGAUAUUGUUUAUAUAUUGUUUUAAUUAAUAUAAAAUGUAGUUACUGGUGUAGCUUUUCCUGUUGAAUUGAUAAGGCACUUUCAUUUUGCACCUUUUUCUUUAAAUUAAAUGCUAGCGUGUUCACUGUCGUGUCGCAUGUGCACCAGAAACACAAGUUUUACUGAGAAGGCUUGGAAGGUACGUCGGGAGGUAUUUAUGCUGCUGUUUACAAAAUUACUUUCAAAAGACUGGCUGGUCAUAUCUAGAAAUCACGAUGUUGGAUUAUUAUUUUUUUACGUGUGAAUUUGGAAUUAGAAACUGAACUCUCCCUAAAUUACGCCUUGCAUUUGGGUAAGUUUAAGGAUAGAUGUGUUUAUGCUUCAUACAAAGUUGAAUGGUAGAUUGGUGCUGUGGACUUAUACCAUCAUGAAUAUUAUUUUUAAAAAAGCUUUUUUAAAUGCCACCUAAAGGAGGCAGGGGAGGGGAGGCUCGUUUUAUACAAUUCAGUAGUUAUAUAGACUCAGCCUCAACUUGGAAUUCGUAUGCUUUGAGAACAAAUCAGUAACCAGAAUAGUUUAUUGGAAUCUAGCUUUGAUUAUAAGAAGGACCCAAAGAUUUAUAUGUGGAGCAAACGCACACUCCUCACAUGAGGACAUAAAGCAUUUACUCUGUGAAAGUUUAUGUUCUUGGUGUAAUCUAGGAACUGUAAGGGUUGAUCUCAGAGUGAACUAUUUCUAGACUAGCUGCCUCUAGAUGCUAUAAUUCUAGAACAUUGCUCUCCAUAUUUCAUAGACAAUGAAUGAGAGGGUGAGGGAGGCAUACCAUGUUGAAUUAGUUUCUGUUAUUUAAAUAUUAAAUAUUUUAAGCCUUUAAAGUGAAGUCAGUGCUAACUGCAAACAUGUACUUUUGUAUUUAUCGUCGCUAGAAAACUGUGGACUAUAAUUUAUUUCAUUAAAUAUUUAGAAGAUUGCUUGGUUUUGGUGUUCAGGUGAGAUAGAGUGAGGGUUGUGUUUUUUUUAAUUUCAUGGAUUUUUAAAAAUAAUUCCCAGUGGGGGAAGGGGGAAGGAACUGUCUGACACACAAGUGAGCAUAUUUUGACAAUAAGUGACCUUUGGGAUGGUAGGCAUUGAGAUGCUGAUUUCAGUCCCACUCGGGGUAGGAGUCAAACUUCUGGUCUGACAUCAAAGGCCACGUUUGUUCAGUAAAGGGGGCAUCCUCCCGUCGUGCAAAGGCGGAGUUUCCUAGAAGCCCUUUAUAGUGGAGAAAGUGUCUCCUGGACCACCGGGGCCCGCCCGACUCUCCUGUGGGGACUGUGGCUCCUGGUGUCAGGCCGGAUCCCAGUGCAGGCUUCCCAGAGCCCUCCACUCUGCUCAGACCUCCUCUGACUUCCCGGCUUGCUUCCUGAGGGACUUGGAAAAGGAGAAGGAAUUAUUCACACAAAAGUGUGUAUGAAGCCUAAAUGACAUCUAACUUUUUCCCCCCAAAAAAUAUGGUAAGGGUUUAACCAUAAAUAGAAGACAAGAGUAUUAUUUACUUAAAUUUCUUACAAGCAUAUAAAACUUUAUGAGUGUUUAUAUAGAGAGGUUAACUAUAAGCAUAUAGUAUUUAUAUUUGGGCAGGAGGGGUUAAAGCAAAUUUUUAAUUUAAAUAAGCAUAGUUCCUUUAAAGAGCAAUAGUAUUUAUACUCUGAAAAAAGUACCAAGCUUAGUUCAGUUAUUUAUUUGUCCGUGUUUCUCCUAUUGUUUCUCCUUUGGGGAGAAAUGGUGUAUUUUUAUUUUGGUUUGGUUUUGUUUCCUUUGUUUUCUGUCGUUCUGAUUCACUAAAUUUGGGGAUGGUUUUAUUAAAAGAUAUUAACUUCUUUUUAACCAAAGCUUUCUGAAUAUGACCAGCCUCAGGUGCUAGCGCAUUAAAGAGCAACUAAACCUAAUUCCAGUGUCCAUUUACGAAAUGAAAAGAAUUCAUUGAACUUCUCUAGGGGUGAGAGAGAACAUAAUGUUGAACUUAAAAGAAAUUCUUUUUCCCAGAAAGGAUUUUGCAUGUACCUAAUGCAAAAAAAAAAAAAAAAAAAAAAAAAAAAAAAGAUGCUCUAAUCACAGUAAUAGUCACACCAUGGUGACAGUGCUCUCAGAGUAAGCCGAAAUACAUUGACAUGAUGCUGCUACGAGAUCUUUGAGAAAGAAAAGCAAAUUACUUCUAUAAGGUAGGAACAAGAUAGCAGAGGCAUGCUUGGUGGCAGGAGGGAACAACUGACUAUUAUUUGGAUCAAAGUUGGGCUCUGAAGUUAAACAAUAAAUUCAGCUGACAAAAUAUGACGUUUAGAAAAGGAUGUGAAAAACUUUGCAUUUUCAUUUUCUUCCUUAUUAUAGAAACACCUGUGUGAUGAUACAAAAUAUUUGGUGAUACAGAAAAUUAUUUGUAAUAGUUCUUAUAAAGCUCCCUAAACUUAAAUAGUCCUCUGAUUAUUGGAAUCAGGUCAUUGUCAUCCCAGCUGCUAUAAGGCCUUUUAUACAAUGUUUUACAUCAGCUAAAUGAGGCUUUUGUACAAAGUCCCAAUAUCAUCGGUUACAACGGUGUCCAAAUGGUUGCAGUCCAUUGUGAAGAAACUGGCUUUGGUCACAAUGAAAUCAAAAGUGCAGAUGAAAGUGCUUUUUUGGGACAGUUUGCAAAUUGUGUUAAAGCUACGGAUUUUUUUAAAGUGUUCAGCAUCCUAAUUUACGUUAAAGCUAUGGAUUUUUUUUUUAAGUCUUCAGCAUCCUAAUUCACCCUUCCUAACUUAAGGAAAACAUGACUUAAGACACUGCUUCUAAGUUUGGUUGUUCUUUAUAGUGUGGAUACCCAGAUGUCUGUGAGCGUAUAGGGGUGGGCUGAGGGUCAAGUGAGGAGGGAGUGAGUGUGUGUGUGUGCGUGUGUGUGUGUGUGUGUGUGGUUUUUGUGUAUGACCUGCGUGUGUCAGACUGCUUCUAGGCUACUACGUGUCAAUGGAAAAGAAAAUGUAUUCAAAAUACUUAAAUCAAAAAACUAGAAGAUGGGAAUAAAAAGAUUUAUUCUAUACAAAGCCUUGUCUGGACCACUUUAGAGAGACUUCUAUUUUUUUAACCCUUCUAUAAAUAUUUGAUGGCACUUGAAAUAUUCCUGCAAUAAAAUGUGAUUUGUGUAAAGAAAAAAAAAGAUUUUGUAAUGUGAAACAAAGAAAGAAAGUUAUGUAAUUUUCUAAAAAAAAAAUACAAACAAACAAACUUUGUAUUAUUUUCUUGAUGGAAUUUGUCUAUCUGUCUUUGGAAAACUUUUUAUUUCAUUGAAUGUGCCAUAGUAGAAAUAUGUGUUUUUAGUUUUAGACUAAGGAAUAGCUGUUUGUGUUCCGACAUUCCAAAAUGCAAAACAACCUAGUAGAGUCUUUAACGAAAAGGUUUAAGUAGGAUGUAAGCUUCUCUCAUCGUUGCUUUUUUGCACAUGUUCUUCAUUCCUCUCUAGUGCAAUAUGUACAUAGAGCACUCGCGGGUGUACCUUGAUCCCUCAGGGAAAAAUACAUAUUUGUACAGUUGUUAUUAUUGUUGUUUCUUUUUGUUUUUGGCUAAGGAAUGUCGACUGAAUUACUUGUUAUUGUUGAGGGGCAGCCAGAUAAUAAUCCUAAAGCCACUGUUUCAAACAUUGAUUGUUUAAAUCAUGUGUCCUUCCAGUGCUAUUAAGAUACUAAUAAUAAAAAGUUAUUUUCUGACAGUUCUUUGUGCUGAUUGGUGAAAAAAAAAAGGGUAAAUAAGCACCUUAUGAUUGACUUACUGUGAAUGACAAUCCAUCUUGAUAUCAACAAAUAGAAAGCCCUAUCAUUUUGGAGUUGGGUUAAGAGUCAGAAACAAUGUGCUCAGGGAUCUUCUAAAACUCUUAAAACAGGGUGGCCAGUACUACUGGGACAAAUUGUGUUUUUUAUUAUUAAUAAUAAUGAUCAUGCUAUCCCUCCAAGGCACAGUGAACUGUGUAGAACCGACUGCAUGUGUAUAAAUGUCACUAUCAUCUCAUUUUGUUGAGUUCAAAACGUGUGUUCUUCAGUCUUGUGUACUUAAAAACACUGAAUAACUUCCAGAACUGUGGAAAGUUAUGCCAGUAUGUUCAAAAGAUAAAUGAACAGGUCAUCCACCAACAGAGAGCAUCAUUCAAAGUACAAUCUUGCAUACUCCAUUUACCAUUUCUCAAAUAGUUAAAAUAUUUAUGAUAAAAAUAUUUAUAGCCUUCAACAAUAUAUUAAAAACUACUUCAAAUUCCACAUAAUAUGGAUACAAGUGUUUAAACCAAAUGAGAUAAGGGCCCUGCCUAUCAGUGGAGUGAGAGAGGUAAAAGGUAAAAUAUGUUUUUUCUAACAGCAGCAAACAACUACUAAUUUCACUGGGUUCAUCUCUAGAAGCAAACCAAAAAACUCCCUUUAUGUAACACGUCUCCUACUUCCACAUUUGUAGUUUUUUUUUUCUUUUUUAAAAAAAUAUAUAUUUUAUUGGUUUUUUACAGAGAGGAAGGGAGAGGGGUAAAGAGUUAGAAACAUCGAUGAGAGAGAAACAUCGAUCAGCUGCCUCCUGCACACCCCCCACUGGGGAUGUGACCACAACCAAGCUACAUGCCCUUGACCGGAAUCAAACCUGGGACCCUUGAGUCCGUAGGCCGACGCUCUACCCACUGAGCCACACCAGUUAGGGCCACAUUUGUAGUUUUUAAUCUGUCGAAGUAAUACAAGAGAUAAUGUUUAAAGAUAAAACCCACCUGGUCACAAUAGCAUGAGCCAGCUUUUAGGGUCUCGUUUUACAUUUUUGAAAUACAGUUUUGAUCUCAUAUUUCAAUAUAUUGCUUUCCAUAAAGGCAGUGAACCUCAGUGUAAUUGUUGCCUUUGAUUUUUCCAUUUCACACUCGGAAUACACAUUCAGAUAUUUUUUUAAGACCACACAAGAGUAUAAUUUGGUAAAACUUUUCAUGUUUUUUUGCACAUGUUCUUUAUGUCUUUUAGAUGAAAAGGAAGCUUUUACCUUAUUUUUGAAAAUAAAUAUCAUGGAAAUGGGAAGAAAUCUCUCUCUCAUAUAUGUAUACAUAUAUUCAUACAUAUAUAUGUAUACAUAUAUGCAUAUACACACAUUAUUGACAAUUUUACAUAUUAUACCAUUUGGUUGCCACUUCUUAUAAAGGGAUGACACAGCAGAACCCCAUAAAAACAACUUUAUACAAUGGAUGAGAUUAUGUGCCCAGAAAGGCAACUGAAACAUUAAAUCUUGAUCUAUUGCUAAUAGUCCACCAUCCUAUCCCUAAACACUAGUAUUAGCGAAGAGUUCCACCAGCUUUCAUUAAAGAGACCUUCCUGUAUGAUUGUUUAUCCGUAAGAGAUGAGGAGGCUAACAAGCAAUGGGUUUCACUCCUGGAUCCGUUUGCUUCUUUGCUAGUGCAAAGGAGAUCAGUUUUGUCGGGCUCUCAGAACAGUUUUAAACAUAACCUAAAAGCCUGGUUUCAUACCAAGGAAAUAUUGUAGAAAGGGGUGGGGGAGGGACUUCAUGUUUAAACAAACCCUCAGAACUUCAAGCAAUAAAUACAUCCAGUCAUUUAUUUAUUUAUAAAUGAGUGACAGCAUAGUGAAUCCUAAGAGAAAUGUGUUUUCAGCAGUGAAACAUAAAAUGGAGUCUUGUGUGAAGAAAGUGAAUAUGAAUAUUUUAAAUGGAUGCCUAGAGAAAUCCGUGUUUGCUGUUUACAUUUAGCAUGUUUACCACACUAGCAGUAUCACACUUCUUAUUUUUCUCCUAAGAACUAAUGAAAGAUAGCUCGCUCUCAGCUUUGACAUGCUGCACAUGCCAUUAUGUUGUUCUCCAAGAGCAACUAAAAUUUCUCCAGUGUUCAUGUGUAAUUCCUUUCUCAUUCAUUAUCACUUCAAUGUGGAUGAAUACUGUUUCUAGGAACUUGGUCAUCAGUGAACAGAUUACAUAUGUAAAUGCAGACCAUUCUUGAGCAUAGAGUGAAUAUGAUUUCACACACACAUGAAAAAAUUCAUAUGUACUGUACACACUUUCCUGAAUCAAAAAUUCUCUUCUAUCCACAAUGGUUUGAAAUCUCUCAUAAAACAGUGGUAACUUUUUGUACAUUAGGACAUUAGCUGGCUGCUUCUUUAAAUGUCCCUGUAUUGUCUGCCUGCUCCUUUUGUGGAGAUGUGUUUUUGUAUUGGAUGUUUGGGCCAAUGGGAGGCUUCAAGCUACAACAUAUUUUCCCAGUUUAAAUAUAUUUAACAUAUGACAAACCCCAGACAAGGCUUUUAAUAUGUAUAAAGAACUGCAGUGUUAGGUGGUUUAUUUGCAAACCGUUUUCAAUGUUGUCCAUUUUUAUGGCACCUUUAACAAUAUUCUUGUUUCCAAAGUACAAAAACUAGGUUAAAUAUCUAGCCAUAACUGAAUGUCAAGCAAUAAAACAAAUGACCUUUGUGCAUAGACUUAAAAAAAUACAAAUGUUAGACAUCUGCAUGUAAAUGCAAUCUCUUGUUUACUGCUUUCCUCAACUCGAGCAAUUGAUUCCUUAUUUACUGUUAACUUAAGAACUUGUAAUGGCCUGUAAACAUUUUCUCUCUUACUCUUCUUUCAAAUUUACCUUCAUCCCUGCUUUUGAGUCAUAAUAUUUAAUGUUGUUCUGCACAUUUCUAUACAGUUAACUUUUUGGCUUUCAUUCUGUAUAGAUAAGAAAAUGUUAUAUUAUAAACAGCCUACUCAGUGCAAAUAUUUAUCUGUUUAUCAAAUCCACAAUAUGCUGUAUAAUACUGGUUUUACUAUAUAAUCUAUUUUAGACAUAGCUGUUUAGAACUAGAGUGUGCUAUUUUUGUGUUUUUCUGAUGUGUGGUGCUAGAUAAGUUACUUUUGUGAACAAAAAAAACACACACCCUUUUAUUCCUAGACAAUACCACCUUUGGGUCUUGUUAAUUUCACUGAGUAUAACUAUAUAUUUGUAUAUAUAUACAUAUAUAUAUAUAUCUACCUAUGCCCAACUGGCAGCUGUAUCAGAGUGCUGGAUUUGGGACAUGCUUUUCUCUUUAAAUACGUACUAUCAUUAUAUAAAUUAUUCUAGAGUGUAUUUAAUUAGGAUAAAAUUACUUCCUUAGUAUGGAUAUUUGACAUCAAUAGGGUGAAUUUGUUUAUAAAUAUGGAUAUAUGAAAACUUAUUAGCAUUGACUUUAUGUUUGCUACUUGGCUUUAUACAAUAUCUCCUAAGCUGAAAAAUAAUUUGCCAGGCCUUCAAGAUCCUAAAGAAACACUCUAGUUUAAUGGAGUAAUCCUUUUUUUUCUUCUUACUAAGGAAUUAUAUUAUUGACAACUGACAGGGUUGUGUACUUAGCUCCUAUUAUAGAUAAUAGGUAUUUAUAUAAAAUAUCCUUGGUGGCUUGAUGGCGGAAUAAACCUUUCCCCUCCUACCUGAACCAUGAGAAGUCUGAAGACAUCCACUGUCAUGGCAGAACAUGGCCCAAUAGAGCAAAUUCUAUUUUAAUUCUGACCUCGACCAGUUCUAUGAACUGAGCGAAGGACCUUCUUGUUAAAAGUCAUUUAAUAAUGAGUUUAAACUCUUUCCCCUAUUCUCCCAAGACCUAUUGGCAUUGUUAAAAAUCAAAGUAUAUCAAAUAUCUAACUAAGGAUGUAGUUAACCUUAUUAAAUAUUGAUUAGAAUUGUUCUGUAAUAUUACUGAAUUUGUAAGAUCUUUAGCAAAGAUUUUUGAGCAAUUUAUAAAUAUAGAGCAAAUGUUUCUGUUUACUGCACUUUUUGUAAUUGAAGGUGAUAAAUUCUCAAGCCAUGGUUAUUGGCUUCCAUGCACUGCAUAUUUACCCACAAUUUAGACAUUUUCCAUUUUUAUGGAAGAGUUGCUGUUAAUUACAAAUGCAAUCAUGUGGUUAAUGAAAGCUAAUGCUAAUAGUUAACCUUUUAAAGUGAAUUGGCUACAGUUUAAGGAGAAAUUUCUUUUACUACAAGUCAUGUCAUUCCUUACUGCUUCACAUAGAAAGAGAUGGAAACUUUUUUUUAAAGCACCAUUCAAUAGCCUAUGCUUCCUGGAGAUAGAGAUUGUAUUUCUUUGUGUCUGCACAAUGGCCAGCACAUGCCAGCAUUUGAUAAUUAUUAAAUAACAAUGAGUGUGCCCCAAUCCAAAUUCUUUUUCUGGGUUGUUAAAGUAAAUUUAUAAAGUAUGCCAAGCCUAUGGUUAACACUUUCUUCUACAACCAAGUAUUAGACCCACAUUUAAAAAGACCACAUGAAAUGCUGAUUCUAAUUGUGUGUAGGUCUUGAGGAUUAAGCACACAAAUUUCACAAAACUCGUGAGUAACAAACUCAGCCUUCUGUAAAUAUACAUGCAAGUCUGGAAACAGUAAUACUGUACCUAUAAAUAUAUCUGUCUGUUUUGUGUACAGUAUGUAAAAAUUCCUUUUCUGCCACACUAAAAAUGCAAGCCAUUUAUGGGUAUCCUAAAAAUAGUAUUGUACUAAAACUUUGCUAAUGAUCUUUAUUAGAAGAUCAUCCAACUUUUCACAUACAUUGGGUUUUCUUUUCAAUUCACUCUUACAGUAGUCUGCUUAUUUCCAGCUGUUUGUUAUUUUAUUGUGUCCUGAAUUUAAAAAGAUAUUUUGAUUCAUUUUGUAAAUACAAGCUGUAAAAAAAGAGAGAUUUAAUGUUGUCUUUUAAAUACUCCAAUUUUCAUUCUAAUAUGAAUGUUGUUAUAUUGUACUUAGAAACUGUACCUUUAAUAUUACAUUACCUUUAUUAAAAGUGCAUUGAACACAUCAAUUUUAGAUGUGCUUUAUGUACUAUUAUCCUAUAAUAAAACUUCAGCUUCUAAUGGAA